AUGGCGAACACCAAGUCCCAAGCGUUCAACACUUUUGUGGCGGUCGUUCCUGUUAUUACUGCUUCCAUUUCCUGCUGCUCUUCCAUCUUUUUGCUCACCAGAAUCUUCAAGACUCUGCAUUCCGACGCCUUCCACAUCAAGAGGACUAGAGAUCAUCUUCUGAUUGGACUGACGUUCUUGGAUGUGUGUGGCUCUCUAGGAUUAUCCUUCUCCACCUACCUGACGCCUUAUCCCAAUUUCGAUGGGCCGGGCACAGUUGAAACGUGUUCUCUGCAAGGUUUUCUGGUUCAACUUGGUCUAGGCGUGCCUCUGUACAAUGCAUCACUUUGUAUCUACUUCGUACUGGCGGUACGCUACAGCAUACCCGAUCAGAAACUGACCAAGUGGCUGGUGCCCAUUGUGCACUUAACGAUUCUACCAUUUAUCCUGGGAAGCGCCAUCUAUGGACUAGCCACUGAAGUAUUCAACCCAGCAGGAAUCAUGGGUUGUUGGGCUCACACCGUCGAUAGAACGUAUUGUGAAGCAGACCCAUCUGUCUGUGGACGGGGUCAGAAUGCCAAGGCUUACCAGUGGAAUUUUGGGGGCAUUCAUCUCAUUAUUUGCUUUGUCAUUAUCUUGCUCUCCAUGAUUGUGCUCUACUGCACUGUACGACGGAUUGAAAUGAGGGCACGUCGCUGGGACCCGUCAUCCGCUCUGUCCGGUGCCAGCCGCCACCGACCGUCGGCUCAUGCAUCGUAUGAACCAUCGGUCGAUUUUUCGACGACGAGUAGCCAUUGCAACAAUAAUUCGGAGCGAACACGUGGGCUGGUGCAAAUCCCACAAUUCAUGGUUUCCUUCAAGGUCAUGGAGCAGUAUCUGGCCAGCAUCUUUUGGAAAAGAGAAGAAAGUCUCAGCAACACUACCAUGGAAACUGGCCUGAUUUACUCCUUUUCCUUCUUCUUGGCAUACAUGCCAUCUUAUAUCUUGGGGGUCGUCAAGCUACCAAAGAAUGGCAUUGGCUACCAGGUCUUGCAAUGUCUCAGUGUCAUCUUUCUACCCAGUCAAGGGACGUUCAAUCUGCUGAUCUACACUCAAUCCAAGUGGCGUCCAUGGCUUCAACAACAGCGCCAGCAUUGCUGCAAGCGCAAAAGUAGUAGCUGUAGCGGUGGACAAUCAUCAAUGAAGCAAGAUGCGCCUGGAGAGUGCUGCCACAAUAAAACGGCCGAUCGCUUCAACGACGACGACGAUGAUGUGGAAACCAGUGGUGGUCAUCCCACGCAGAUGACAGGAUCCUCAACCUUUUGCGGUUCUGGGUUCCACUCGGCCUCUCAGGAAGCAAAACUGGAAAUACAAUCCUUUGCAAGUAAUGAUGACAUGGAAGCAAACCAACAAUCGUUGGCAAGUUUUGAGGACAUUGCCAUUCCUUCGCAUGUCGAAAGGGAGCAGAUGGACAAUAAUGACAACCUGCAGGACAAUCUGGAUCAGGAUCAAGUUGCAAACGACCAAUCUACAUUGGACGAAGAGCAGGCUGAUGGCACGCAGCAAAUAGAGACAGAGUCACACAACCACCACGAAAACCAUUAUGAUCAGGAGCUAGCCGAAGCCCCACCAACAAAAAUGGAUGCGACGACCAAAGAACAAGAACAUGAUGAUGGAGUGGCAAAAAUUUGA